CAGUUCGCCAAAGUGCGCGGUUGCUGAUUCGCGACUCAUAUCUCCACUUGUGUGUUGUCGUUUUGAAUGUUUAUUAUAACGGAUAUCUUAAUACAACAUCACAUCGGUUAAUAUUUUGUAUGUGAAAGGAGAAAAUAAAAAAGAAUCGCCAAUAAACGCACAAUUUUGCACAAUAAAGUUAUUAAACUCUAUUUACACAGAAAUCCAAAAAAGGCUGGUGCAUUUUUUCAACAACAAAAGAAAAUAAGCAAACAGGAAUUAAAAAAAAAUCAAGUGUUUAUUUUAAAGACCCUGUAGGUACUGUCUGCAUCUGGAAACUGAAAUUUACGAAUAACACAUAGUCAUUAACAAGCGGCAGCCUAAGGGGAGAAGAAAGCAGCCGAGGCCGAAACAGUGCCACUUAAUAGAAAUCACAUGAUGGCUCUAUGCAUUGCAAGAACCCAUCGAAAUUUAGGCUAUGCCUUGAUUUCAAUAUUCGCAAUUUUUUCACAAGCCUGGGCGCAGGCGCCAGUUGGCUUGACAGUAUCCUCACAUGAUGUUACAGUUUUAGUUAAUAAAACAGAAUCGUUUGAUGUUCUUGUAAGGGACCCCUUUACACAAGAUUUUAGAAUUACUUUGAUUAAGCAACAUGACAAUAUGGUCGACUUGGACCCAAUGGAAUUCAGCAUUAUGGCUGGUUCCACACAAAAUCAAACAAUUUUGAUAAAUGGCCUUAAACCAGGGCACUUGGAGGUCACAGCCGAAAGUCAACCCAACGAAAAAUGGGUCGUUGAAGAUAUAUACCUGCGCAUUACUGUAGCCAAUUCGGAAGCUAUUAUCUACACUUCGCUGAUAUUUGGUUGGAUAUAUUUUGUGGCCUGGUCUGUUUCAUUUUAUCCCCAGAUUUGGACUAAUUUCAAAAGGAAAUCCGUUGUUGGUCUUAAUUUUGAUUUUGUAUUCCUGAACAUUGUGGGUUUUACACUUUAUUCCAUAUUCAACUGUGGCCUCUAUUGGGUGCCGGGAAUACAGGAUGAAUACUUUGAACGCUAUCCACGAGGUUUGAAUCCGGUGAUGCUGAACGAUGUGGUGUUCUCUUUACAUGCCAUGUUUGCCACCUGCAUAACCAUUUACCAAUGUUUUGCCUAUGAGAGAGCAGAGCAACGUGUAUCAAAGAUAGCCUCCGGACUUGUGGGUUUAUUUGCUGCCUUUGUAAUUAUUUCGGCGGGCUUGGCGGCUGGCAAUGUUAUUCAUUGGUUGGACUUUUUGUACUACUGCAGUUAUGUUAAACUAACCAUCACAAUUAUAAAAUAUGUUCCACAAGCUUUAAUGAACUAUCGCCGCAAGAGUACAGUUGGUUGGAGUAUUGGAAACAUUCUGUUGGAUUUCACUGGUGGUACCCUGAGCAUGCUGCAAAUGAUCUUAAAUGCCUACAAUUAUGAUGACUGGGUAUCAAUAUUUGGCGAUCCUACUAAAUUUGGAUUGGGUCUAUUCUCAGUAUUAUUUGAUAUAUUCUUUAUGUUACAGCACUAUGUAUUCUACAGGAAUAACCCACCUUAUCAACCAUUGCCAGGAGAUGAUAACACAAAUGCAGAGUCUUCGAUGUCGCCUCCACAAAUUAUCUCUAAUUCCCUAAACGAGACUUUUUAAAAAAACAUAAAAUGCUUGCCUGCAUGCAUAUGUGGUAAAUUUAUUAUUAACAUUAACAGUGCUAAGAUAUAUUUAACAUAAAUAUUGUUGCAAACUGUAACCAAUAUUAACGAGAAAACUAUUUUUUUUUAAUUUGAAAAUAUUUUAUAAAGCUUUGAAAUAUUAUGUGUAUAUCUUUAUGGGACAACAUUCCAUGGGGUAUAUGAGCCAUCAGCCGGUAUAUCGAUCUGAAAGA